AUGAAGCGCGCCUGGGAGUCUUUGAUCGACCCCGGGGCGAUCACCUCCAGACCGCUCCUGGUGGGUCCUCGGCAGGGGCUGCAUCAAUCUGGCCAAAAUUCGGCGGUUGGGCAAUCAGCGGUUGGGCAGUGCGCGGCUUGGAUGGGAGGCGGGCGGCAAUUUGGACAAUCAGGUCGGUCCCGCGCGGAGGUGCCGGGCGGAGACAGGGACAGGCGCGCGGACGAGGGCGUCGUGCCCACCGUGUCGCCGCUGCUGGCGCUGGCGGGGGGGAUGCCGGUCCUGGAGGUGGUCAGUGUGGGGACAUCCGCAGGGCAGGAUGGGAUGAGCAGGGAGCCCCAGCGGGUGGGCGGAGAUCGCGGUGGCGGAAAUUGCCAGGGUGAGCAGUCGACCUCCACACCGGAGCCCGAGUCAGUGCCAGCCCAUGUGCAGGUAGUGUGUGGCAUUCUUCAGGGCACGUUCGUCACAGCAACAAGCCGGGUCGUUAUCAAGGAAAAUGGCCACCUCACUCGUGAAAUCACACCAAACGAGAUGGAACGUCUUGGAGGCCGAGCGCAAACCAAAAAGUGGAAGCAGAGCAUCAAAUUGUUGAACACUGACGGGACACUCGGUGGAUCCAUUGGUGACUGGCUGAGGGACCAGGGUCUAGACGUGCGAGUGCCACACUCGACAUCUGCAUUCCCCAUAAAGCGCCAGCGCACGGCCCUCCAUCCUGUCAACCACCAGGAUGCCCAACACCCUCGUGGCUUUGACAUAGCGGCGGCCAAGGCAAGGAUGGAGGCACAUCUUGCUGGGCUUCACUUGGGGUACCGGCCGGGCAGCCCUGUGGAGGCAUUGGUGCCACAGCAGCUACUCCCACUUGCGACUUCAGCACCACAGCUGAGGACUGUGGACCUCCAGGAGAUGUCAUACCAGCAGCUGCUCGUGUUAGCGCGCGCAAAUGGGAAUGGUGGGGUUGCAUCGACGUUGCUGCCCACACCCCCUGGCAUCCAGCCUGGCCGUGAGGCAUUCGUUUCUGGCCAGGAGUGCCCCAAGCGACCGGGCAGGCAGGGGCAAAUUGCUGAAGGCCUCGCCCUUUUGGGAGAGUACCUAUCUGGAGAAAGGAGUGAGCCACCUUGGGGAGCGUUGGGGGCUGACAAACCUCCUACAGUCGCAGAUCAGGAGGUGGACCUGCGAAGGCUAUAUGCUCUGGUGAAGGAAGCGGGCGGCUGCGACGAGGUGAGCGGUAGGAGGGGAUGGCAGUCCAUAGCCCAGAAGAUCGGCUUGGGCGACGGCACCGCCACAGGCGCGGGCCCCUCCCUCCGCACCUUCUACCACAGGUUCCUCCUGCGGGCCGAGAGGCAGGAGGAGGCCCUCAGCCAGUACCGGGCUGCGCCCAACGGCGGCUGCGCGCUGGUGGACAGCACCUCCCCGGAGACGGACGACGAGAACGGGAAGCAGGGGGGCAGCGAAAACCAAGUGCUGGAGGUGGCGAAGGUGGAGGGGGCGAAAGCUAACGGCGGGGUCAGGAGCGUCGGGAGCAGAAUUCUGCAAUACGCUUGA